AUGGUGGAGGUGGAAAUAAUGGGGCUGACCAAAAGCUUGCUGGUAGACACAGGAGCUGAGAUUUGUAUUUUGAGAGAAGCAAUUCCAGGGGUUCCCAUCAAGGCUGCAGGUAUUCGAGCUAGAGGAGUUACAGGCGCAGCUCUGGGCAUCCUGGGCACUCAAGAAGUUACUUGCAAUGUGGCAAAUUUGCAAGUAACCCAUCAAUUUGUAAUAGCUACAGUGGACAUACCAGGAGAUGGAUUAAUUGGCUGGGAUGUCUUGAAGAAAUUGGGGGCAGUGAUUGAUGCCAAGAGCCAGAUCAUUACCUUCACGGGGGUUGCCACCUCAGUUAUUGGCACAAAUAAUAUCAAGGGAGCUGCCACUCAAGCUCUGGUUCAGGGACCUAACCCAGUGAGGACAAAUAUGCAGUCUCCUCAAGUGUCAACAAUAUGGAGACUAAGGGAGGAUACCCAAGACAACAUGAACUGGAUCUCUGCAAGCAAAAAUCACACCAUCCCAGCUUAUUCAGAAAUGGCAGUCCAGGCACAGACAAACUUGGCAGAUGGUCAAUUAUUUGUAACAGAGCCCCUGAAUCAACCACAACUUGGAAUCCGCAUUGGUCGCAGCCUCAAUGUAUCAAGGGCUGGCAACACUGUUGUGAGAGUGAUGAACUUGACAGCUGCUCCCAUUCAGAUAGAUAAACAGCAAUAUUUGGGGAGAGUAGAUUUCCUAGAAAUGGAGGAUGAUCAAGUGGAACCAUUCCAAGUACAUGCCAUCAGCUCCCUAGAAACUAGUGGCAAACUGCAAGAGACCCUUGUUGAAAAGACCAAGCACCUACCAAGAGGAGAAGCAGAACAGAUUCAGGUAGUGCUGGAAAAGUAUCAACACCUAUUUGGAGAGCCAGGUAGAGAUGGUUGUCAGGUGAAUGUUCAACACUGCAUCCCUACAGCUGACUCAGCACCUAUAGCCAAACGACCAUAUCGAGUGCCCUAUCAUCUCCAUCCUGUUGUAGAAGAGCAUCUGGCAGACAUGCUUGACAAAGGGAUCAUCUCUCCAUCAACCAGCCCGUGGUCGGCACCAGUGGUGCUUGUGAAGAAGAAAACAACGGAUGGCAGUGCAAAGUGGCGAUUUUGCACUGACUUCUGA